UCGACACUGUUUUCUACGAUGUCGCCACUUGUGCUGGAAUCAAGAACAUCGCUUUCCUUACAGCGACACGGCCUCGAUAAUAUGCCUCUUGUCAUGCCGAGCAUCUCCUCCUCCACUAUACGGCAUAGCUAUCAAGAUUCUGGUCUUGCGUCGCUCAUCUGGGGUCGUUUGGGGCUGGAAAUCGGUGUCUGUCGCCAGAAAAUGGUCAGCGAGCAGGCGCGGUGCGCGUUUGUCAACGAGACGUCUCGGGAAAGGCGACAGUAUCUUCUUCAAUGGGCUGGACAGUCGCAGACCGUUGUGCCAAUUGCUCUUCGCAGUCAUUGGCGUAUCUGGUUUACAGGCGAGUAUUUUGUAUCCACGCUAUGA